CUGCGACCCGGUUGCCGGCGCUUUCUUGGAAUUCUCCUCCCUUUCAAAAACUAUGGUCAUUUUGGUGAGGAAGCGCAGACCAAAAUGGAUCCAGACUGGGACGAAGUCGCCCGCAUCACCUUCCCGCCUCCGGGCGUCCACGCCAUGGCCACGCCCGUGACGGCCAUGACCUUCGAUACGGCGCAGGAGCUAUUGUGGACGGGAAACGACUAUGGCCGCGUCACUUCAUUCUACGGCAGCGAGCUGCAGCGAUACACCUCCUUCAAAGCACACACCACUCCCGAUGGCCCGGUCCGACAGAUACUGGUAAACGACAAGGGCGUCGUGGUGUUGGGUUCGAAAGAUAUACACAUGGCCUCGCGGAAGGGCCCUCCUAUUUGGCAUGUUAGACACGACGACAUGAAAGAUUUACGAUGCAUGAGCUUUACAUCCAAGGGGACCUCCGAGAUCCUUGCCGCCGGUUUCCAGGACACCAUGUUUGUGAUCGACCUCGCUAGGGGCGAAGUAGUCAAACAGGUUCCAACGGCGCACUCCUAUAAAGUUAUGAAGAGAAGCAGGUAUAUCUGUGCUGCAACUAAGGACGGCAUAGUCAACCUGAUUGACCCCGUCAACUUCUCGGUCGUCAAGAGCUGGAAUGCCCAUUCUGCUCUCAUCAGCGACAUGGACGCCCAGCAUGACUUCAUCGUCACCUGCGGUUAUUCGCUGCGUCAGGGGCAGAACUACAUGCUGGAUCCGUUCCUGAAUGUUUUCGAUAUCAAGAAGAUGUCGUCGAUGUCGCCAAUCCCGUUCCCAGCCGGUGCAGCUUUCGUCAGAAUGCACCCUAGAAUGUCGACCACCAGUAUCGUGAUGUCUCAGAGCGGGCAGAUGCAUGUUGUUGACCUGAUGAACCCCAAUACUAGCAAGAUGAGGCAAGCCAACACGAUGUCAUACCUGACCAUGUUCGAAAUCGCGCCUUCUGGCGAGGCCCUCGCCCUUGCGGAUGCCGAGUAUAACAUACACAUAUGGGGCUCCCCAUCCAAGGUCCAUUUUGUUGAUUUCGCAUCGCAAACCGAGUUUGCAACCCCUGAAGGGCCAUUGCCGACCAUCGAGUGGACUGCCGAAACGCCUUUGAACUCAAUCGGCACCCCUCACUACCGAGAGACACUGCUGUCUGCAUGGCCAGAACUCAUCUCUGAUGUCGGAGCUCCUCCGACCAAACCCGAUCCACAGUUUUUAGCUACUCUUAAGGCAACAGAGUUCGGCAUGUACGGGCGUAAUACGAGGGGACUUCGAAGAAACCAAGUCGAAGACACCCGCAAUUUGGACAAAGCCAGCGCGUCAGGCAUCUUGGCUCCAAAGUUCCUCAGCGAAAAGGCUCGAGAGUUUGCCAAAACCCCGAUCUUCGGCGAUGAGGACAAGGCCGAUGCCGCAACGUUGCUGCAGAUGGAAAUCGAUCCCUCAAAGGCGGAGUGCCCACCCAUGUAUCGGAACGUUGAAAUCAAGUACAGCAAGUUCGGUGUUGAUGACUUUGACUUUGGAUUCUACAAUAGAACUCAGUACUCCGGGCUUGAGAUUCACAUUGCCAACUCUUAUGCCAACUCCUUGCUUCAGAUUAUGCACUUCACGCCUAUGAUACGGAAUAUUGCACUCCAACACGCUGCGACCGCUUGUGUUGAGGAAACCUGUCUGUUGUGCGAGCUGGGAUUCUUGUUCGAUAUGCUGCAGAAAGCCGACGGCUCCAUUUGCCAGGCCACCAACAUGCUGAAGACGCUUAGCCACCACCCUCAAGCUGGGCCUCUCGGUCUUCUUGAAGAAGAACCUAACGGUUCUCCUUUGACUGUGAUGCUGCAAGGCCUGACGCGGUUCCUCCUGGACAAAAUUGUACAAGACUACAAAUCCAUUCAACCGGGCUCGACCCGGAUGGAACAGAUGCUAGCAACUUCCGCGACAAGCUCCGUGAGGUGUAUGAAUUGUCGGAGCGAGUACACCCGUCCGGCUUCCGGCUUUCACAAUGAUUUGAUGUAUCCUCAACCUAUUAAGAGUACGGGACGGAAUCAGAAGGCUCCUAAGGUGACCUUCUCGCAAAUUCUGAAGUCCAGCGUCGAACGCGAGACAACAUCUAAGGGUUGGUGCAGCCGGUGCCAGCGCUACCAGAACAUCGCAGCCAGGAAAACCAUUCACAGUAUUCCGCAUGUCUUCAUCAUCAACACUCUCAUCUCGAGUCCGGAGCACAGACGCUUCUGGUCCACACCAGGAUUCCUCCCAGAAGAGAUUGGCGUCAUAGUAGACCAGGGCCAAUUCUUCUGCUACGAGGGAGAAGACCUGAAGCUUCAUCUCCAGCGCGGUAUCCACAACAUUUCGGUGUACUCCCUCGUCGGCAUAGCCCUUAACAUCGAUCCUGGCGCAGGGCAAAAGCCUCAUCUGGUCGCUAUGGCCAAUGUUGCCCACUCUCAGCCUCAGACGCCGCAAGCAAGCCAAUGGCACCUUUUCAAUGACUUCCUGGUACGCCCCGUCAGCACCGAGGAGGCUCUUUCGUUUCAUGCUGCCUGGAAGAUGCCCUCGGUCGUUGUUUUCCAGCUGAAGGACGCAAACAACAAGAUCGAUACGGACUGGAAGAAGAACAUCGACACCUCGCUCCUGUACGAGGACAACAACCCCCAUGUGGAUAGUAAGACAUAUCGUGCACUCGACGCGGCGACCGAACAGCCCGGGCCGGAAACCGUUAUCGCCCUGGACACCGAGUUCGUCGCCGUUCGUCAGCCGGAAAUCGAGAUGAACUCGGACGGUGAAAGAGAAACCAUCCGACCAAUCGUGUAUGCUCUUGCGAGAACUUCCGUCGUCCGGUGUCAAGGAGAAGACGAGGGUCUCCCGUUCAUCGAUGACUAUAUCAACAUCCGGGAGAGCAUCGUGGACUACCUGACGUCGUAUUCAGGCAUAACUAAGAACGACCUCGAUCCUAAGCUAUCCAAGCACAACCUCGUCUCCCUGAAGGUCGCAUACAAGAAACUCUGGAUCCUCCUGAACCUAGGUUGCAAGUUCCUAGGCCAUGGCCUGAAGCAGGAUUUCCGAGUGAUCAACAUCCAUAUUCCCAAGUCCCAGGUCAUCGACACUAUUGAUCUCUUCUUCCUGAAGGAGCGCCUCCGCAAGCUGUCGUUGGCCUUCCUGGCGUGGUAUCUUCUGAAGGAGGACAUCCAGCUGGAGACCCACGACUCGAUCGAGGAUGCUCGGACGGCGCUGAAGCUGUAUCGCAAGUAUCUCGAGUUCGAUGACGCGGGCGUGCUGGAGCCGAUGCUACAGGACAUCUACCGGGCAGGUAGGGAGAACGGUUUCAAGCCGCCAAAGCGAGAACAGAACAUCCAAAGGCUAGAUACACCACCUCCGGUUUCUAGUGAGGCCGCGGCCGCCCCUACGACGCCAUUGAGGGCUGGCCAGGCACCGCCGGGCAAUGGGUUCGGGGCAGGAUCGACAUGGACUCCAGGCAAGGGCUCCCCCCUUCCAUAA